AUGUCCGCUCCCAAGCCUGCGCCAAAACCAGGCGCGCGUCCUACUAUCCCGCCUCCCCGGCGGGCUCCUGUUGGACGCCUCGCAAGUCUAAAGCCACCAGGUCCAACUCCUAUUAAGCGUCCGCAGUCUAUCGGACGUCCUCAACCUCCCCGACCAACUACACAUCCCAAAACCUCCAACUGUCCCAAUCCGGGCUGUCCUGCCCCGCAUAUCGUCGAAGAUGAAGGGGUGAAGGUCUGCUCAGGCUGUGGUACAGUCAUCAGCGAGUCAAACAUCGUUUCAGAAGUCACGUUCGGUGAAUCGUCUUCCGGUGCAGCUGUUGUCCAAGGAUCCUUCGUCGGAGAAGACCAAACACAUGUCCGCAGCUAUGGCCCCGGUUUUCAACGCGGAGGCGCGAUGGAAAGUCGCGAAAUGACUGAGCAGAAUGGCAAUCGUUAUAUGCUCCAACUAUCUCGAGCCCUGACUAUUCCCGAAAGCGCAACCAAAGCCGCUGGUCAAGUCUUCAAACUUGCAGUUGGCCUCAACUUUAUUCAAGGUCGCCGCACAAAGACUGUGGCUGCAGUUUGUCUAUACAUUGCCUGUCGUCGCCAAAAUGGUAACACAGUAAUGUUGAUUGAUUUUGCUGAUGUUUUGAUGGUCAAUGUCUUUAAACUCGGCCGCACUUACAAGGCGCUCCUCGAUGAGCUUCGCCUAGGCGGAAACGUAUUCUUGAUGAACCCCAUCGACCCGGAAAGCUUGAUCUAUCGUUUCGCUAAACAGCUGGAAUUCGGACAAUCUACAAUGGCGGUGGCCGGUGAAGCAGUUCGAAUCAUCCAGCGAAUGAACCGUGAUUGGAUGACCACUGGACGACGUCCAGCUGGUCUUUGUGGUGCGGCAUUGAUCCUCGCCGCGCGUAUGAACAAUUUCCGUCGGACCGUGCGCGAAGUCGUCUACGUCGUCAAAGUUACGGAAAUCACCAUCAGCCAGCGUUUAAACGAGUUCAGUUCCACUGAAAGUGGUGAGCUGACCGUCGAUCAAUUCCGUUCCGUCCAAUUGGAAAACACUCACGAUCCCCCUUCCUUCACUCGCGGGCGAGAAGGUCGGUAUCCUCGAAUCAAGAAGAAGGUGCCAGAGACUGCAGCGGAAAUUGAAGAUGACCUCACCGAUAGCGAAGCGGGAUCAGUUCCACCACGUCGUUUGGAUGCCGACGGCUUUACUAUUCCCAACCUCCCCAUUGAUCCGGCUAUAACGGGUCGACGUUCAUCGGUAGUUGCGAAAGCCGUCACUGAUGUGGCAGAAGAGUUUGAGACCGAAGCAAGCUCCAAGGGCAAGAGGCGACAGCCUGUGCCAGAACCUCCCGCAGAGGAGCUUGCAUCUGAAAAGGCACUAGAGGAUGAAAUGCGGACAAUGCUGGCUCAAGGCUCAAACCUGGUUGAGAGUGCCACUGAACCCGAGCGGCCUCCCGUUUCCGACAGCACUGAGAUCGAUGCCGCCGAGUUUGAAGAUGAUCCCGAAGUCGCCAACUGUCUCCUCUUGCCUGCUGAAGUGGAAAUUAAGGAAUCAAUCUGGGUGACUGAGAACAAAGAAUAUCUCCGUACUCAACAGGCAAAGGCUCUGAAGCGUGCCAUGGAAGAAUCUGAAGGCGGUACAACAUCUCGCAAACCUCGCAAGCGUCGCCGUGGUCGUCUUGGUGAUGUCACAUAUCUCGAGGGUGAAGGUGAAGAGGGCCGUUCCCGAGCCUCAACUCCUGCCGAGGCGACUCGUCGCAUGCUGGAGCGCCGAGGCUACAGUAAGAAGAUCAACUACUCUCUAUUGGACACACUUUACGGCGGAGAAGGAGCCGAUGCCAAGGCAGAGAGCAUGAGCCGCAGCCAGAGUCGCAGCCAAAGUGUCAUCUCGCGACGCAGUGCCAGCAUCGAACCACAGGCAGCCUCUCGGCGAGCCACACCCUCGGACGCCAAGCCUGUCCUUCCUCCCUCCACGACGGCCGCACCCCUGCCCACUCCCCCUACCACGCAGAAUACCCAGGAGCCAACCAAGGAAGAUGGUUCUGCUCCUGCAAAUCCUGAUCCAGAUGACCAGGAUGACUAUGAUGACGAUGAUGGCGAGGAGGACGGUGUUGACGAUGCCUUCGCAGGCAACUACGGUGAAUACGAGAGCGACUACGACUACGAUGACUAG